UUGGGGUGUUCCUGGUUUUUGUCUCCUCUUUGACGUUUCUUUUUUGUGAUGAAUUCACGAGAUUGCAUGACGUAGUGUUCAAAACAAGGGAUUUACCUACGCCCCCUUCUGGAGCUUUCGUGAAGUGGGAAAUCUAACCUCCAAGGGGAUGUUACACACGUGUUGGAGCUGUUAGUCAUCAGUUGUUGUUCAUUGAACAGUUCAUAAAUAAAUAAAAACCAUGGGGAGGAGGAAAAAGGGGAGAUGCGUCAAAAAGAACAAGCAGCUCUCAGCCCCCGAGCCCGACUCGCUCGUCCACGCGCCCCACUCCUUCGUGAUCCACCGGGGUCUCCCUGGCGAUCACAUAGUGGAGCUCACAAAGGACUUCCGCAAGAUAAUGGAGCCCUUCACAGCCUCCGCCCUGAAGGAGCGCAAGAACAACUCGAUAAAGGACUUCGCCUCGGUGGCAGGUCUCCUGCACGUCAGCCACCUGUGCAUCUUCAGCCGAACCGAGAUAGGGAUGUACCUGAAGAUGUGCCGAUUCCCCCGAGGUCCAACCCUCCACUUCAAAGUCCUGGAGUUCUCCCUCGCCAGAGACAUAAUAUCCUCGACCAAGAAGCAGAUGGUCUUCGACGAGAUAUUCAAGCACUCGCCCCUGAUCGUCCUCAACAAUUUCAGUGGCGAGGGCCUGCAGAUGAAGCUGAUGGCGUCGAUGUUCCAGAACAUGUUCCCCACCAUAAACCUGAGGACAGUCAAUCUCAACACAAUCAGAAGAUGCGUCUGCCUGAAUUACAAUCCAGAGUCGAAGAUGAUUGAUCUCCGGCAUUAUGCGAUUAGAGUUGUGCCCCUGGGGCUGUCGAAGGGUGUCAAGAAGCUGGUGCAGGCUAAAAUCCCCAACCUAGGGGGCUGUCAGAAUUACGCAGACUUCCUGACGAAGACAGCUGUCUCUGAGAGCGAGGGGGAGGACGAGCCCUCGAGCUCGGUGAUCCUGCCCCAGAAAUUAUCGUCUCGAGGGAAUCUCCAGAACAGCAACAGCGCCAUCAAGCUGUACGAGCUCGGGCCCAGGCUGUCCCUCCAACUGAUGAAGAUCGAGGACGGCCUGCUUGAUGGGGGUGUCCUGUUCCACGAGGUGGUGCACAAGACUGAGGAGGAGAAACUGAGGAUUGAGAGGAUUCGGGAGAAGAAGAAGAAGUUGAAGGAGGCCAGGAAGAAACUCCAGAGGGAGAACAAACAGGCCAAGGAGAAGGCCAGGGAGGAGCUGAAGUCCAAGUCCAGGGAGGGGAUGAAGAGGAAGAGGGAGGUGGAGGAGAAGAGGGUGGACUUUGAGGAGGAGAGGCAAAUGGAGGCUGAGGACGAUGCUCAGUAUUACAGGGACGAGGUGGGGGAGGAGCCUGACAAGGACCUGUUCCAGAAUAAAUCGGUCAAGAGGAGGAAGAAUACUGGAGCUUGUGUUAAAUACAAGUCUAAGAAGUUUAAGACGAAAUGAUCUUAGGGUUAGUGAUUAUUGUAAUGCUGGAGGAAUAAUAAAAAUUUCUGCCUCGUCGUCGACGUUUUAAUUGAAA